AUUUCCCUCCUCCUUUGCAACCGGCCCCUUUAUAAAGAGCAAUUUCCAUUCCACUUCUGAUUCAGGCGGACUCUGAGCUGCAGCUGCUCCCGGCUCUUUCCAAGAAGGCCCAGACAACUGAGAUUCGAACUUCACUUUUCCUCCUCAAACCAUUUCUAAAAUGGCUGGGAAAUGUGUCGGACUCGUCCUAGCCACAGAAGCAAUUUUGCUGGCGCUGGUGACCUCUGAAACUUUUAAGGUUGAGAUCACACCGGGACCCAAAAUCGCCGCUCAGAUUGGCAAUGUAACCGUGUUGACCUGCAUAGCUACUGGGUGUGCGGCUCCAACUUUCUCUUGGAGAACCCAGAUAGACAGUCCUCUGGGUGGGGAUUUAGAACAAGGAGUGAACAAGUCCAUCUUGACCAUGAACCCCGUGGACUUCAAGAAUGAACACUCUUACUUGUGUACCGCCUCUUGUGAUACUAAGAAAAUGGAGAGGGCCAUCCAGGUGGAGCUUUACUCUUUCCCCCAUGAUCCAGUGAUUACAAUGAGUGACUUUCUGGAGGUGGGGAAACCUGCUACCAUCACCUGCCAAGUCUCCCAGGUGUAUCCAUCGGAACGCUUGAAGAUUGAACUCCUGAAAGAUGGGCACAUCAUCAGGGAAAAAGAGUUUUUCAUGGAUGAGGAGAAGAAAUCUCUGGAGACCAAGAGCUUGGAGGUGACGAUUACCCCCACCACUCUUGACAUUGGGAAAUCGAUCACAUGUCAGGCUGAAUUACCUAUUGUUGACAUGGAGUUUUUUCCCAAGCUGAGGAAAACCACACAGAAACUCCCUAUUAAUACUGCACCAAAGAAUACAGUUGUCUCCGUCACCCCCUCCACUGUCAUACAGGAAGGUAACUAUGUGAUGAUGACAUGUUCCAGUGAAGGCCUUCCUGCUCCAGAGAUUUCUUGGAGUAAGAAACAGAAAGAUGGGAAUCUGGAAAUUCUUUCCCAUAAUGCAACUCUCAUUCUAAAUGCUGCGAUGACAGCAGAUUCUGGACUGUAUGUGUGUGAAGGAACUAAUCGGGUUGGCAAAGAUAAAAAAGAAGUGGAAUUGAUUGUUCAAGCUGCACCAAAGAAUACAGUUGUCUCCGUCACCCCCUCCACUGUCGUACAGGAAGGUAACUAUGUGAUGAUGACAUGUUCCAGUGAAGGCCUUCCUGCUCCAGAGAUUUCUUGGAGUAAGAAACAGAAAGAUGGGAAUCUGGAAAUUCUUUCCCAUAAUGCAACUCUCAUUCUAAAUGCUGCGAUGACAGCAGAUUCUGGACUGUAUGUGUGUGAAGGAACUAAUCGGGUUGGCAAAGAUAAAAAAGAAGUGGAAUUGACUGUUCAAGUCGCACCAAGGAAUACAGUCAUCUCUGGAGCUCCCACCACUACCGUGCAGGAAGGUGAUUAUGUGACAAUGUCAUGUUCCAGUGAUGGCCUUCCGGCUCCAGAGAUUUCUUGGAGUAAAAAACUGGAUAAUGGGGUUCUGGAAUUUCUUUCCCAGAAUGCAACUCUCACUUUCAAUGCUACAGUGACAGAAAAUUCUGGAAUUUAUGUGUGUGAAGGAAGUAACAAGGCUGGCAAAGAAAGAAAAGAGGUGGAGUUAAUCAUUCAAGUUCCACCCAAAGACACAGUGCUUGUAGCUUUCCCUUCCAACAGUGUUAAAGAAGGAGACACUGUUACUAUCUCUUGCACAUCUGUGGGUGUUUCUCCCAGCCAAAUUGUUUUGAGGAAGAAAGCCAAUCCUGGACAGCGAGUACUGGCAUCCAGAAAUGGUCAUUAUACUAUACGUGAUGCUCGGUUAGAAGAUGCGGGAAUUUAUGAAUGUGAAUCGAAAACUGAGGUUGGACAGCAAUUGAGAAGCCUAAAACUUGAUGUUAAAGUACCUCCUCGAAACACAACAAUAUUGAUUCACCCAUCUAGAAAUGUAAAUGAAGGGGAAAAUGUCACCAUUACAUGUAAAACAUUUAGCCAUCCACCUGCAGUGAUUGUCCUGAAAAAAGUUGAUCUGGCAAACGAAGUGUCUAUAUGUUCAAAGAAUGGAACCUUUACUUUAUAUCAUGUCACCCCAAAUGACACCGGGGUAUACCUGAUUAGUGUUUCCAAUGAGGUUGGAAACGACUCGGGACAGAUUGAAAUCUCAGUUAAGAGAAGGGAAAACCACAUAGACUACUUUUCUCCUGAACUUGUUGCACUCUACUGCGUCGCCUCCCUCAUCAUCCCAAGCGUCGGAAUGAUCAUUUUCCUCGUGAGGAAAGCCAAUGUCAAGGGUUCCUACAGCCUGGUAGAUGCACUCAAAUCCAAAGUGUAGCUUUCAAGCCUUCUGCAAGAGACAGUGGGGGUGUCUAUCACCUGAACCCAAUAUGGACUCCGGCCAUAACCUUGGACUCUGCCUGUGGUGAUCACAUGACCUCAGUCUCCUAUCUGUGGUAAUCACAUGGAAGCAAAUGUUUGCAGAGUGUUUGCACUUAGUGCUACAGGCUGGAAGCCAGUGGGAAAUCCCUGGGAAAUUAAUCCCUGGGCGGAUUUCUUCAGCCGUAAGAGCAGAGUGGAGGCAACUCUGAUUCUGAUGUAAAUUUAGCGUUCUCAGUUCUUGUACAUAUGUAUGAUAAAUGUUCCAGUUCCACUGAAGAUUAGUUUGGAAUAAAACAAUUUUGCUCAGAAAUAUCUUCCAAAGAAGAUUGUCAAAUACUGUUUUGCUUAAUACAUUUAGAUAAUAGUUGACCUUUAAUUUUGAUUGUUCAUAUCUCGUUAACAUUUAUGAAUUAUGUCUUUUUUUGCAGUCCUAAUUCCUCUUCGAGCAAAUUCAUUUCUCUAGCAGUACUGAAAGUGAUAUUAUGCUUGGUAAAAAUGCCAGCAUUUCAGAACCCCAGCAAAUUUACCAAAUGUACACUUGCUUGGCUUUCAGGUACAAUCAUCAGAAAUGACCAGUGGUGGCCCUUACCACCUAUGAAGGGGAAAGUUCAUGGUAAAUAGAAAAGUUUUAUGGUCCUUCAGUACUCUCAUGGAACUUGCCCUCAACUUCUAGUUACAGUUAGUCUCCAGGACCAAGCUCCUCACUAGAGUAGUCACUUGGACUACAGAUACGGUACGGUUGUGGUAUUUUCAGAAAGCAGAAUCCUGGGUAAUUUUGACUCUGUGUCUCUCGUGAAUGUUCAGUCUGUGAAUAGUAAACUGGUUAAAAUUGUGAAA